AUGUCUGAUUCAAAGAAUUUAGGUAAUGAUCAAUCUAAAGAUUUAGACAAGGUGAUUGAAUCACCUUGGUUCAAUGAUAUUUACAAUUCUGCAGUUAAAUUUUAUGAAAGGGAUAAUGUGCUGGAUUCAAGUGAUAGGUUAGAGUUAUUCAAAAUUUAUCAAAAUAUAAGUAGAGCAGAAUUAUGGGGGGGUUGGUUAGGUUUUGGUGCUGUGUUUGGGGCUCCUUUUGCCUAUAAGUAUUAUCAUACAAAUUCAAUAAAAGGAGUUAAAGUACCGCGUAAUUUUAUGAUUGGUUUAUUGGCAUUGUUUAUUAGUACACCUUUGGCAGGAAACUAUGCCUAUAAUAGAAAUGUUAAUCGAUUAGAUCCAGAUGGUCUAUUUGCAAACUCAAAUAAAUACGGUGAUAGUGAGCUAUCGAGCUUUACACAAGAUAACGUUGCCCCAUCUGGUGAAGGUCAGAUUCAAAUGCAAAAGUCUCCAAGACAAAGACAGUAUGAUAUGUUGACUUUGUUGAAAAAUAGCAAGCCAACUAUGUGGGCAGCUUAUUUUUAUAUGACACAUACGGACCCAAAGAGGCGUUUCCCUAAUCCAAAGGAGAAGUUGGAAGAGAUGAAGAGAUCAGGGAAGCCUCUCCAAAGACAAUCAUUUUUAAAUCAAAGAGACCCAAUGGACUUAUACACAAGCUCGCAAGAGAAGGCAGCCAGAAAUCAAAGCGUAAUUGAAUCCAAUGGCAACGAUGUGGGUAAAGUCCUCACAUCUACAUCACUAGAACAAUCUUCAUCUUCACCUUCAACAGGUUCAUCAUGGGACAACGUCAGAUCAACUGAAACCUUGAAUGGCUCAUCGUGGGCGAAAGUUAGAGCUAAUCAAUCAAACCCAAGGGAGGUAGAGUCAAACAAAGAGGAUGAUGGGUUAGCUAUAUUUAAUGUUGAUAAAGUAAGUCAACAAGAUUUUGACAGUAUUCUUGAGGCUGAGAGAAAUUCAAAAGAAUGA